CACGGGUAACCCACAACAAUGGAGAAACUUCGACUUAGUACUUCUCAGGUUGGAUAUCAACGGUACAUUCGGACCCAACUGCAGUCAGUAACGAUCGAGACGGCAAGGUGGUAGGACUUGGAAUACCGUACGAGCGCGCGAUCCACGCUCGGAAGCGAUGUGGACAACACCUGCGCAAAUUAGUGGACGCGAUCUGUCACAGAGAAGCAGACGGCUAUUUAAAGCCGUGUGGUGUUCAUUCUUGUAGCGCCGGUGCUUUGGAAAAAGUGUUUUCUAUUUUAGUUUAUUUUGUUUGUACUUGUGCUGAGUAUAAAUUUUACGCUUCGAUUGACCCGGAAAUAACUUUAAUUAGCGACUGAACGGUCGUUUGUUUAAGCGACUAUACCAGCAAUUCAAAACAAGAUAGAAUAAUAAAGUGAUAGUGUGACAAACAAUCCUUUGUUUGAUAUUUGUAAGCAAUAGAUGGUUCUAUCACUAGAAAGUGAUAUUUUAUUGUGUCAAACACCUUCAAGCAAUAAACAUCUUAUUCCUAUCACGGUGUGCAGAAGAUGCAAGUGUAAAUUGUCAGUGCAAACAGCAGUCCCAGCGAAGUAUCAGUGAUUUAUGACUAGUAAAUUGGUAUUUAAAAGGUGUAACUACUGAUGCUAGGAGCCACCAUCAGUUGAAAAACAAUAGAGGAACUAUUGUCACUGCUGUCACCAUGGGCUGUGCUCUACGUAUGAGAUUAGCCGUUUUCGGUGCCUUGCUAGUGGUUGGCAGUUUACCAUCCAUAGCCCCUGAGGUUGAUGGUAUUCAACAGGCUGCAUCCGCCAGUGAAAAUAAGUUUCUCAAAUACCUGUUCAACAAAUAUGGUAGUAAGGGAGUGAUUUCGUUCGAGGGCCUAGAGCAUUUGAUGCACAGUCUCGGACUCGGCGGUUUGGACUUUAUCCCGACGCACACGCUUGACGAGCACCGGCCGGAAGGGUUCAAAACCGAAAGUCUGGUGAAUUCGUUCACCAAUACUGUCGGUGAUACUAGCGAUAAAGUAACCGUUUCAUUCCCCAACAUAGCCGAUGAUCAUGAGACUAAACCCGACCGGCCAUGGUAUGAAACGGUGGUGACCAAUACGCAGUCUCCUGCUAGUACGGCUGAACUCACGCAACGGAGCAGCGACGUCGAUUCCGGGCAAAGUACACCCGAUUCCCGCCAAGAUGCAAUCAUCAACAGCUCGUACCAGAUUCGCACUUUGAACGAAGUGCGGCCGGAUGUUGUUCAUAUCGGCCAGAAGGAAAAUAAAAUCAACCGUCUGAGCAGUGACGAAAGCGAUGAUAACACGAAUAGCAAGUGGCACAAUGAAGUAUGGCAGGAAAUUAUCUUUAAAGAGAUUCACGACCCACAGCAUCGUCAUCCGCGCCGAGACGAUCACCGAAAGUCAUGCCUUUCCCCCAUGUCCAUGGUGCACUUAAUCCUCGAGGAACCAGCCGUUUCAGGGGAUUUUUUGCACUCCAACUUCAACUACGAUCUGGAUCCAGGCAAUCGACAUCGUCGUUCGCUGCCACACCCACACGACCAUGAACAUGAGCAGCUGGAUCAGGAAGUGGAGGAAAUCAUCGCCGCAAGGAUUAAGAUCACUCCGUCAACGUUCAAAGAUCUGUGCCCUGCGCUGCUAGCUCAAAUCGACCAAAGAGCGUGCAACCAAAAAUAUCAAUUAAAUGAUCAGCCUCGCGUGGAGAAGCAGGUGUUUUCUUCUGCGUGGUUGUACGCCACGAUCUGUGUUACAAUAAUAUCGGUGUGCGGCCUAACGGGUGUCGCAAUGGUUCCUCUGGCCAAAUCGGUUGCUUACGAUGAAAUUCUUCGCUUUCUGGUAGCUCUCGCCGUAGGAACUCUUUGUGGGGACGCGUUGAUGCAUUUACUGCCACACGCCUUAGUAUCGCCGGCUGAUCACGAAAAUAAAUUGGAGACUGCUACAGGUGGACACAAACACAGCGAUGAACCCGUUUGGCUAUGCUUUUGUGCCUUCCUCAGUGCUCUCUUCAUGUACACUUUGGAAACAUUGUUGCCUUUGUUCAGAUCUGAAAAGGAUGAGGGCCAUCAUCAUCACGGCCACCAUCAUCGCGGACACUCGCAUGCGAAAGUGGCCGCGGUGACGGAGCCGGAACCUCCACAAACGCGAAGAAACACCAACAUCACCGAUGAUAUUGAAAUGGAUCUGCAGGAUAGUAAGCGGAAAGAGUUGAACACAAUGCUGGAGAAGCAAAAGAAGGCCAGCAAACCACUGAGUCCGGUGGCUUUUAUGGUCAUUCUCGGUGACGGUUUGCAUAACGUUACCGAUGGUCUAGCUAUCGGGGCAGCAUUCGCUGCGGAUCCUGUCACUGGAAUGGCCACUGCUUUUGCCAUUCUAUGCCACGAGCUACCGCACGAGCUAGGCGAUUUCGCACUGCUGCUGCGGACGGGUGUCAGCAUUCGACGAGCAAUGCUUCUCAAUGUUGUUUCCUCUGUUUUGAGUUUCUUAGGUAUGGCCAUUGGUCUUCUUAUAACCGGGCUCCAUGAAUCGGUCGUACGAUGGAUUUACGCAGGAACGGCUGGGACGUUUCUCUAUAUUGCACUGGCUGAUUUGAUACCGGAGAUGAAUCGAGGCCACGUGGAGGCGUCUCAGGUGGAGCAAAAGUCUUGUAAAUUAAGAAUAGUUUGGUCGCAAAUUAGUGGCAUGUUUUUGGGCGGCAUUAUUAUGCUAGGAAUAGCACUCAACGAAGAUCAAUUACGGUUAUUGUUUGAAUAAAUUAUAAAUUGUU